AUGACUGAAUUUACAGUCGCAGACGUCUCAGGCCAUAAGACCCGUGAGGACCUCUGGGUGAUCAUUCACGGCAAAGUUUACGAUCUCACCCAGUACAUUCGGGAUCAUCCAGGCGGCGCAGAUGUGCUGCUGGAUGUUGCUGGUACCGAUGCGACCGCCGCGUACGAGGACGUUGGACACUCGGAGGAUGCGGACGAAAUCAUGCAGACUUAUCUGGUGGGCACGUUAAAAGAUGCAACUCAGUUUGUUCGCAAGUCCGCUGUGCGUGUUAUUCAGCCGACCUCCGUGCCAGUAGCGAAAGGCAACAGCUCGUCUCGGGCUGGCAAAGUUGCUGCCGCCGGCUCAGUGGCUGGUUUGCUCAGCCUGUUAUACUACGUGUCUCCCCGUCAUGGAUCCUCGCAUCUCCCACACGCCCUUCACCAACUCGAGACAUAUCUCCCUAGUCUGCACCGCCUGUUGCCGUCAUCCAUGACCAGCAUGCGCCUGCCACACGGGGGCUUCGCCAAUGGAUUCGCAGCCGCAGCCCUACUCUCCGCAAUCAUCACCGGCGUCGUGGGGAUGCAAGUGUCGAAACUGACGCAGAUCGAUUCCGGCUUUACUCGAUACCCCCCCCGUAUCAAGAGCAAGCCGAGUCCCAAGGCAGAUCCUCACAGCAUUCCCGGCUUCCUCAAUCCCAAAGACUACAAGACGCUCCCUCUUGUGCAGAAAGACCUCCUAGCGCCCAACGUCUACCGAUUCGUCUUCCAACUGCCAUCAGCCACAGAUAUCGUCGGCCUCCCAGUCGGCCAGCACGUCGCCAUAAAAGCCACCGUCAACGGCCAGACUGUCUCACGAUCCUACACACCAACCUCCAACAACCUCGACCGCGGCUACCUCGAGCUCGUCAUCAAAUGCUACCCCGACGGUCUUCUGACGGGUCAGUACCUCGCCAACCUGCAAGUCGGCGAGAAAGUACACUUCCGCGGCCCCAAAGGCGCAAUGAAGUACAAGCGCAAUCUGUGCAAGAGAAUCGGCAUGAUCGCCGGCGGCACGGGCAUCACGCCCAUGUACCAGCUCAUCCGGGCAAUCUGCGAAGAUGACAAAGAUACCACCGAGAUCAGCUUGGUGUAUGCCAACCGCAGCGAGGGGGAUAUUCUGCUGCGCGAAGAGCUGGAGGCGUUUGCGCGCAGGUACCCGAAGCAGUUUAAGAUGUACUAUAUGCUCGAUGUUGCGCCGGAGAACUGGAAGUAUGGCAAGGGGUAUGUGACGCCUGAGGUGAUGGCUGCCAGGCUGCCUAAGCCAGCGGCUGAUACGAAGAUCUUCCUGUGUGGGCCGCCGGGGAUGAUCAAUGCUGCGAAGAAGGGGCUUGUCUCGCUGGGCUUCGAGGCGCCGGGCGCUGUGGGAAAGAUGACUGAUCAGAUAUUUUGUUUCUAG